AUGAGGGCUUCCGUAUUCCUCGAAGCCGUCUCCGUGCUCGCCGGCUUUGCCUCGGCCGACAGCAUCCUGCGCCGCGACAAUGGAACGUAUGGGCCAGAGAUCGAGGAAUUCCACUACUACUUUGGCCAGUGGCCUACCGGCCAUGCAGUAUCAUCGACUGGGCGCCUCUUCGUCUGCUACACCCGAGGCGGCGGAGCUUCUCCCUUCACGCUUGGCGUGGCCGUCAACAAGACUGCCGAAGUGGCAUAUCCAUCAGCGGAUUUCUCUGUCCCCACCGCGGAAGUCAACACCACAAUCAACGGGAUGCAGUUCGGCUCCUCCAACUCCACCGGUCUGAUCAGCGUCCAGGCGCUGUACAUCACCUCCGAGACCGGCGACCGGCCCGAGACCCUCUGGGUCCUCGACACGGGGCGGCCCACCGUCACCAACUCGAACGGCGGGCUGACAAUGGUCUACGGCCAGCCGGGCGGCCCCAAGCUCGUGGCGAUAAGCCUGACCAACGACACCGCCUACGCGACCUACACCUUCCCGGCCUCGGUCGUCUACCCGGACAGCUACCUGAACGACGUCCGCCUCGACCUGCGGCGGUCCGCCGUGCCCGGCGGCAAGGGCGUGGCCUACCUCGUCGACUCGAGCGGCGAGGGCCGGCCCGGGUUCGUCAUGCUGGACCUGGGCACGGGGGAGUCGUGGCGGCGGCUCGACGGCGACAGGCACGUGAUGCGGGAGGACGGGGACGUCGCGUCGUACAGCGGGCAGGCCUUCUACCAGGUCCCGCAGGGCGGCGGGCCGUUCAACCACAACAAGGAGGGCAACAACGGGGUGUCGCUGUCGCCGGACCUCGAGACCAUGUUCUUCACGACGCUGACGGGCAACACGCUGUACGCCGUGCCGACUGCCAACCUCCGAACCCGGGACGACGUCCCCUGGGCCGAGCAGGCCGCCAAGAACAACGUCACGAGCGUGGGGCAGAAGGGCGGCAACUCGAACGGGUCCGAGGGCGACUCGAACGGGCUGAUCUACAUGAUCAUGCCCGAGCACAACGCGGUCUACUACUACGACCCGAGAGACCUCAAGGUGCACACCUUCAUCCGGGACCCCCGCAUGCUGUGGCCUGACCCGCUGUACAUUGCCGAGGACGGAUACAUGUAUAUAAAUAUCGUGCAGAGCUACUGGAGCCCGAGGUGGAACGGGGGCAAGGAUCUGAGGCAGCUCCCGGGCGCUGUGUUGCGGGCCAAGCUGCCCAAUAAUGGUACGAAGAUGAGGCUCGACUACGUGUAA